AUGGCACUGCUAGCUGCCGGCGCCGCGGCAGUAGCCGCCACGGGAAUCAGCAUGUAUCUCGACGCCAAGUACUCAAUUCGAACCGACAUCGCCCAGCUUCAAGGAGCCAAGCAUCUACAGAGGUUCGUCGAGGACCUGUACAAAGAACAUGGGGAAGAUGACUGGUCCUUCUAUCAUGUCCUGCAUUCGACGUAUGCGGAAAACCACCAUACUGACAAGGAAGCAUUUGUCUUUGAGGGUCGCGCCUGGACCUAUCGCGAGUUUCGUGAGGAAAUUGGUCGACUUGCCGAAGCAUUCGAAAGGCUUGGUAUCAAGAACCGAACUGUGGUUGGAAUGUUCGUCAACAAUUCGCCAGAGUUCGUUAUCGCUUGGUGGGCUCUCUAUAAGCUCGGAGCCAUCGCCGCGCCAGUGAACACGUCCAUCACUGGGACCCAUAUCAAGCACUGUCUCAAAGUUAGCGAGGCAGAGUUCUGCAUCACGACUUACGAGCUGUAUGGCACCUUGAUAAAAGCUUUGGUGCGAGACGAGAGUCACCCAGGCUCACCGACGCCAGCGUCAUCGCCUGUUCCAAGGGUUAUAUUGUACGAUUAUAGCUCGUACGCUCCAAUCCGAGCUGAUCUUCAAAAAAAUGUUCUGCUGAAGCAUGAGGAGUUGCCCCCUGUAACCCCGGAAAUGGGCGAUUUCCCUAAACACAAGAGACCGAAAGUCGGUCCUACCGACGCUGCGCAAUAUCUCUUCACAUCCGGGACCACGGGAAUGCCCAAAGCUCUGAUCUGGCCGCUUGGAUAUAACCGCCUGAGCGGGAACCCGCAGAGAUGGCCAGGCAUGCAGGGAAGCCAUAGAAGAUGGUAUAUCUGCUUACCUAUGUUUCACGGGACCGCUUCCUUCGCCGCCCUACCUGGCGCAUUGGCGUCCUCCGGGACCGUAAUUCUUGCUCGGCGGUUUUCACGCCGGGAGUUCUGGGCCGAUGUCCGACGUUCACAGGCGAAUGCGAUCCUCUAUAUCGGCGAGAUGUUCCGGUAUCUCGUCCAGUCUCCUCCCGAUGCUCGGUUUCCAGACGAGAAGAACCACGGGGUUGAUCUGGCCUUUGGUCUCGGAUUGGCUCCCAGUGUAUGGCGAGCAGUUAGAGAAAGGUUUGGGAUUCCUUGGAUCGUAGAGUACUACUCGGCAAGUGAGGCAACCAUCUCUCUCCUCAACUCAAACAAGAAUGAUCUCGGAGUGGGAAAGGUAGCCCGUUGGGGACCCAUAAUGCGGAGUAAAUGGUUCGGCCAGAGCGCGUUUCAGAUAAUCAAAGCCGAUUUUGAGACUGGAGAAGUGGUGAGGGAUCCCAAGACGGGGUUUUGCAUCAAGGCAAAGCCUGGAGAGGUUGGUGAGGCGAUAAGCAAGAUCGUUCCGCCCAUCCAAAGGAGGCACGACUAUGUUGGAGAGGGCGGGGUGGAAGCCACCCGGAAAAAAAGCUUGAGAGAUGUUUUUGAGAGAGGGGACGAGUAUACUCGGAUUGGGGAUGCUUUGCUGAUUGACGAGGAUGGGUUUAUCCAGUUUCGAGACCGGCUUGGAGACACCUACCGUGCAAAGGGACAUAACAUCUCCACCACCGAGGUCGAGGCAUGGCUCAGUCGACAUCCCCAAAUUGCUUCCGUCAAUGUGUAUGCCAUCCCGAUGAACUAUUAUGGGUAUGAUGGGCAGCUGGGGUGCGCAGCAAUCACUUUGCAGGGAGUGUCUCCAGAGCAAUCCGGUCGAGCUCGCCAGGAGAUCAUGUCGCAACUAGAACACUGGUUGCGUACCUCGGAAAGCGCUCUGCCGGCGUAUGCGGUGCCGCGUUUCGUCAGAAUCCUGAUCCACGACGGCACCCCACAGGACUCUGGUGGUAUGAGCGGGGACAGUGGCAGUGAACGAGUCUCGACGAUCAUGAAGAAGCUGAAGACCGGUCUCCGGAAAGAUGGCUUCUUGAUACCGGAGGGAAACAAGGACCGGAUGUUUUGGAUCGAAAAAGAAGGAGCAGGGUAUACGCCUCUGACUGAUGCAGCUAUUCAGCGCCUGCUCUCCGGCAAGGCUCAAUUAUGA